CACUAAAGAUAGUAUAUUCCCUCUCUAGCUCUCUCCUCCUCAUCCUCCAGAUUUCUCCGUCUCCACUCAUGCGAAAGCUGAACUGAACUCUCAACUCUCCCGGACGAAUCCAUGGCGAAAACGUUAAUUUCUUCGCCGUCGUUUCUCGGAACACCGUUGCCGUCUUUCUCCCGCCAUGGCAGCUUUCCGCACCGUCGACUCGUCUCCACCAGAGUGAGAUUCAGCUUCCAUGAGCUCCCUCCUAUUCACUCCCUCAACUCCGCCGUCGACUUCGGCGCUAUUUUAACUCGAGCGGAGAGUCUUCUGUAUACAAUUGCCGAUGCCGCCGUCGCUACUGACGCGGCCACCGGUGGCGCUGCUUCAGGCGACCCGGCCGCUGUUCCUCAGAAGAAUAGCGGUUGGUUCGGAUUCAUUUCCGACUCCAUGGAAUUUGUACUAAAGAUACUGAAGAGUGGACUCGAAGCUGUGCACAUUCCAUAUUCUUAUGGAUUUGCCAUUAUAUUGCUUACAAUUAUAGUAAAAGUCGCCACACUUCCUUUGACAAAGCAACAGGUUGAAUCAACACUGGCAAUGCAAAAUCUCCAACCAAAAAUCAAAGCAAUCCAACAAAGAUAUGCUGGAAAUCAGGAAAGAAUACAACUUGAGACUUCACGCUUGUAUCGACAGGCAGGUGUUAAUCCUCUGGCAGGAUGCUUCCCAACAUUGGCUACAAUACCAGUAUGGAUAGGUUUGUAUCAAGCUUUAUCAAAUGUGGCAAAUGAGGGACUGCUGACAGAAGGUUUCUUUUGGAUACCCUCUUUGGGAGGCCCAACUACAAUAGCUGCUCGACAGAGUGGAGCUGGGAUUUCUUGGCUCUUUCCUUUUGUGGAUGGGCAUCCACCUCUAGGUUGGCAGGAAACUGCAGCUUACCUUGUAUUACCUGUACUCUUGGUGGUCUCUCAGUUUGUUUCAAUGGAGAUAAUGAAGCCUCCCGAAACAGAUGAUCCAAAUCAAAAGAACACACUUCUUGUCUUCAAGUUUCUUCCACUCAUGAUUGGUUACUUUUCUCUCUCUGUCCCAUCUGGUUUAACAAUUUACUGGCUCACUAAUAAUGUGCUGAGCACCGCACAGCAGGUUUGGUUACGUAAAUUAGGUGGUGCGAAACCUGUUGUGACUGAAAAUGCAAGUGGCAUAAUCAGUGCUGGGAAAGCAAAAAGAACAGCUGUUCAACCAUCGCAGACUGGGGAUAGAUUUAGGCAGCUGAAGGAAGAAGAGAAGAAAAAGUCAAGUAAGGCAUUAUCUGCAGCGCAAGAACAGAUAUCAGCUUCUGCAUCUGAUUCAGAGGAUGAGUCAGAGGAAAGCGAUUCAAAGAAUGAGGAGCUUCUUGAAGAGGCUUACACUUCUGGCAACAGUAAAAAAGUUCCAGACUACUCUGGGCCAAGGAGGAGCAAGCGAUCAAAGCGGAAGCGUGCGGUAUGAAAAUGAUAUAGUCACUUUUUUUAACUCAGAUUUUUAUUAGUAUACUUGAACAGAUUGUAUCCUAGUUAUAGCGGCCAUUUUCACAUCGGUCAUCUAUUUGUGAUAUAGCUACCAUUCAUCAAACUCAUCUGUCUGUAGGGAAUAUCCUACAUCCAUCUCUUAUUUAGUAGUAUCUUUCUGCUCUUCAACAAAGAUGAAAACGAAAGUUUUCAUAGCCUUAAAACAUUCUAUUGUAUGAUAUUUCUUCAUGAUAGUUUUAUUGCUUCUGAGCAUUGAGUCAGAGGUUCC